GUAUGAUGAUGUCAAACGUGAUGCCGAUGCUACAGUUACAGACACAGCCCCUGCUGGCGCAGCCUCUCUGAUUCCCUCUGCCUCUCCGCGGCCGGCGCUGAGCAUUUGCAGACGAGCGCAUCUCCUAACCAGGUCACAUUUCAGCCGCGACCUCCACCGCCAGUCGCCGAGUGGGCGCAGGAGGAGGCCGGCGGGACCGCGGCAGCGCUCGCUGGCUUGGCCCGCAGCGGGCGGCAGGAAGGCGUUACAGCCCGCGCAAGUGGAGACCCCCAGGUCCGAGCCGACCGCGAUGCGCGCCCCGGGUUGCGGGCGCCUGGCGCUGCCGCUGCUGCUGCUGGCCGCGGCCGCCCUGGCCGAAGGCGACGCCAAAGGGCUCAAGGAGGGCGAGACCCCCGGCAAUUUCAUGGAGGACGAGCAAUGGCUGUCGUCCAUCUCGCAGUACAGCGGCAAGAUCAAGCACUGGAACCGCUUCCGAGACGAGGUGGAGGAUGAUUACAUCAAGAGCUGGGAGGACAAUCAGCAAGGAGAUGAAGCCCUGGACACCACCAAGGACCCCUGCCAGAAGGUGAAGUGCAGUCGCCACAAGGUGUGCAUCGCCCAGGGCUACCAGCGGGCCAUGUGCAUCAGCCGCAAGAAGCUGGAGCACAGGAUCAAGCAGCCCACUCUGAAACUCCAUGGAAAUAAAGACUCCAUCUGCAAACCCUGCCACAUGGCCCAGCUGGCCUCAGUCUGCGGCUCUGAUGGCCACACAUAUAGCUCAGUGUGUAAGCUGGAGCAGCAGGCCUGUCUCAGCAACAAGCAGCUAACGGUGAGAUGCCAGGGCCCCUGCCCCUGCCCCACGGAGCAGGCUGCCACCUCCACCGCGGACGGCAAGUCAGACACCUGUACCGGCCAGGACCUGGCCGACCUGGGCGAUCGACUUCGGGACUGGUUCCAGCUCCUUCAUGAGAACUCCAAGCAGAACGGCUCAGCCAGCAGUGCUGCCAGCCCGGCUGGAGGGCUGGACAAGAGCCUGGGGGCCAGCUGCAAGGACGCCAUUGGCUGGAUGUUCUCCAAGCUGGACACAAGUGCUGACCUCUUCCUAGACCAGACCGAGCUGGCCGCCAUCAACCUGGACAAGUACGAGGUCUGCAUCCGUCCCUUCUUCAACUCCUGCGACACCUACAAGGACGGCCGAGUGUCCACCGCCGAGUGGUGCUUCUGCUUCUGGAGGGAGAAGCCCCCCUGCCUGGCCGAGCUGGAGAGAAUCCAGAUCCAGGAGGCUGUCAAGAAGAAGCCAGGCAUCUUCAUCCCAAGCUGUGACGAAGAUGGUUACUACCGCAAGAUGCAGUGUGACCAGACCAGUGGUGACUGCUGGUGCGUGGACCAGCUGGGCCUGGAGCUGACCGGCACCCGCACGCAUGGAAACCCCGACUGUGAUGACAUCGUGGGGUUCUCAGGGGACUUUGGGAGUGGUGUCGGCUGGGAGGAUGAGGAGGAGAAGGAGACGGAAGAAGCAGGCGAGGAGGCCGAGGAGGAAGAGGGUGAGGCGGGGGAUGCCGAUGACGGAGGCUACAUCUGGUAGAUGGCCCUGGGUGCCAUGGCAGGCCAGGGUGCCGACGGCCAGCAGAAACCUGGACAGCAGCGGGCAGCUUAUCGAAUGGAUCCGGAAGUUAGCCGGAAGCACCCUGGCUCCGGUGGGAGGACCUGAAGUGUGCGUGCACGGCUCUGUGUGGCUGGGGUGAGAGUGUGUGUGUGUGUGUGUGUGUGUGUGUGUGUGUGCGCGCGCGCGCGCUGACAAAUGUGUCCACACUGAUCCUGGCAGAGUGAGCCACCAAGAGGCCCAGUCGGCUACCUUGCCUUUCUUUUCUUCCCAUCUGUUGGUUUUAAAAUGCACAUAUUCUCACACCAACACUUCAAAAACCAAUGAAAUGAGACGCCCUUGGUCCUGCCCUACCACCUCACCCCCCCCCACUCUCCUGGGGUCCCACCAGCCCUGCCUCCUCCUGUCCCUGGCUGCCCUUCAGGGGUCCCAGAGGACGGAGGGCAGGAAGCUCUUAGCUGGGAGCUCUCAGCUGAUUUGGUGUGGAACCCUCCCCAGCCACAAUAAGCCCUGUCCCUCUCCUGAACCCUCACUCCCACCCCAAGCACUAGACACUAAAGUCCCUGAGGCUCGAUGGAGUGACCAGAGGUAGCUGGGAAGGAGCUGGAGGCAGAGGUGAUGAGGCAGGAGGAAGAGUCACCCUGCCAAUCUGGCCUGGUCCCUCGCACUCGAGGGGUGGGGCAGGUGGGGAGCAGGGGUGAGCUCAGAGCCAGGGUAGGUUCCACACAGAGCCACCUUAGGAGUGGCCAGGGGCUGGCUUCUCCCUGCAAGUCUCCUGGGGGCUGUGUACAGGUGGCUGUCUUGGAGUCCGGGGCUGGAGCUAUGCAAUGGAGCCCUGCCUGGCUCCCCCAUGGAGCUCCUGACAAGAGGGGUGCUGCUCCUGCCUGUGUGCCCCUUGUUGGUACCCUCCUUAAUCUCCCCAGGGAGUUUGAGGACCAGGAACCACAGAUGUGUGCCCACUGCCUACCUGACUCCCUAACUAGAUGCUCUCCUGCUUCCCAGGCCAGUGGACAGACAUGUCCCCAGGGCCCUGUGGAGACGCAGUUGGGAGAGGCUCCUCCAUGCUUUCUGGGACUGUGAUCCUCCCAACCCUGCAGCCACGGGGAGCAACACCAUGGGCCAUCCCAGUGCAGCUCCUCUGGCCUCUGGGGCUCCUGCUGUCCCCGAGGGUCCCUCAGGUUAGCCAAGCUCUAUUGUGAAGCCCUGCAAUAUGAGAACGUUAGUGACAAGCCAGUUCCACAGCCACACCACACUGUCCUCUCAGACCUCUGGACCUGGUGGGAGUCAUCUUACUCACACGAGGACGCCCUGUGACUUUUCUUUGUGUGUUUGCUAUUGUUUUCUCCAAUUUGUCCAGUUCUCCCUGUCAAAGCAAAUUCCUUAAUACCUUUGGUGAAGCAUUUCUUACCUGGAUGUGGGCCUCUGGAGAGUGCAGUGUGCAUGUGUAUGUUUGAAUGGGUGUGCAUGUAUGUGUGUAUGCGUGUAUAUAUGGACCUGGGCCAUCAUGGUGGCCUCGGAGAACUAUGGGGACUGGAUGGCUGCAUGGGGUCUGGGUAGCCUGGCUCUCCCAGCACCUGCCGAGCCUGAGUGCUGUUGGACGUCAUGAAAGAGCCUCACCCACUGGCCCUUCCUCCACCCUGGAGUCCACGUCUCCCGAGCCCUCUCGGGGGGAAAAGCUCCACUUAGCCCCAUAAAGCGCUUCUCAUCCUGCAGCACAGUUCUGAUUGUUGAGGUGUCGCGCUAUGCCAGACCCUUGGCCCUGUGCUCCUCUCCUCCCCUUCCUGGUCCCCUGGCCCCUUCCUCUGGUCCCCUGGUCAGUCACAUCCGCCCUCUGCUCUCCUGAGGCAGCUGCUCCUCUGACUUGAGCUACUUGAAGCUUCCUGCUCUCCCUGGGAUGCCCCAGUGGGACUUCUGAAACUGUCCUGAGGGCAGCUGUGAGGGAUCCUGGGCCCCCCGGGGUGGGGAGGGGGCUCUUCCUCCUCUCACUGUGGCUCCUCCUCUCCUGGGGGGGCUGUGCUCUCUGUGUCUCUGGGUCUUCCGCUGUGCACGUUUAUCUGACCUUGUAAAUAUGUUCUAGGAAGAAAGCAAAAGGCAUUGAACUCGCCCCCUCUGGAGGGCCUGCAGGGGUCCAGGCUUGCCCUGUCUCUGAAGCUUUGCACCCCACUGAGACAGCUCCCUGCCAUCAAAGUCAGAUGAAAGCAGCUGUUCCCAAGGCUGAAAGCCUUCUGUGACUUCUCCUUAGCCAAGCUUGAGUUUCUCACAGCAAGAAUGCAGGUUCCCACCCCCGCCCCUAUGGAUAUAUGCCCUGGGCCCAGCUGCCACCCCAGCUCCUGCCAGCUGCUCUACACGGAUGUCCUGGCGCCUCCCUACCCUCACCUCCUGGGCUUAGGCAGGCAGGGGACCUGGAGUGGCACUGAAAAGAGCUCAACCAAAUUGUAGAACCAUGACUCGCCAGGCCCCAGGCCUCCUUGGUGCAUGGAUGCUGGAAAAGAUGGGGUAGGUUGGGAUUGGAGAAAAUAAUGUGCCUUGAAAGACCACUCAGAGGGUCUGAGGUGAUGGAGGAGGAGUGUGGCCCCGGGGAGCUCAGGAAGCAAGUCACCCCGGGAGAGGGAGACAGGACAUCUUGACUGCCCCCUAGCGUCUCGCAGGGGUUGUGAACACACAGGAUGGUGGCCAUGCUUCCUUCCUGUUCCAACCUGCCUGAUUUACUGUAGUGCAGGCCGCCCACUGACCCUCUGCAGAGCUCUGCUUCCAAGUUCACCUCAGAGUGGGCGGGGUCCAUCGGUACCAACACCAGAGCCCUCCAUUUCACCAAAGCCUGAGCCCUCAGCCCCUUGGGGAGGACAAGUGGCCAGUCAUUGACACCCCAGGGUCACCGUGGGGCUGUGGGCUGGCAGGGGUGCCAGAGAAGAGACAUUGGGGAGCAAACGGAGACUGGAGACAACCCACGGAAGUCCCAGGCAGAGCCAACUGCUUUACAGCCUUCUCAAACCAUGUGACGUGCAAUAACUGAGCUUAGAGUUAAGAAUUGUGUUCCAGUGCUUGGGUUUCCGUCUGUAGAUUUAAGUGCUGAAAUCGUAUCUCUCAGUAAUUUUAGAUGUCUUUUUAAAAAAUCGAGAAACAAAGUGUUAGACCUGUGUGUGCGUUGAUGGGCACUCAAGCGUCCCUGGAUCACCCCACCCUCUCUUCUGCACCCCAUUCCCUCACCCCCCACCUCCCUGAACCCCCACCUCCACUUGGGGACCCUGCCUUGUGUCGUCUUUAUCUGCCUAUUAGUCAGCCUAAGGGAACAAGUACACUUCACACAUGCAUAAAGGAAAUCAAAUGUUAUUUUUAAGAAAAUGAAAAAUAAAAACUUUAUAAACCA